GUUUGCAUACAAAACGCCGUUUUUUACGGCGUUUAAAACGGUAUUAGCGCCGUAAAAUACGCCGUCCUUAUAACAGACGCCGUAAAAAACGCGCGUAAACCGUAAAAAACGCCGUAAAAAACGGCGUUUUAGUGUUUGCAAAAAGCGCCGCUUUUAACGCCGUCAGCUUGCCACAGGACGCCGUAAAAAACGCCGUUCGGAAUGUGCAAAAGCGCGCGUUGUUUACGGCGUUUUCCUUGUAGUAUAAUGAGCCACGCCCACUGAUUUCAGUAACCAAUAAGUUUGAACUGUUCUCAUCCAAUCAAUGAUGACCUGACUCAGACCAGACUAGUUUACAUCCGAGUUCGAUUGUUAUUUUAAUCAUUCGGUUGGUUGGUUGGUUGACAUCAAGAUGGACAGGAGAAUCUUUAUUUUGCGUUGUCAGCAGACGCUGAACAAUUGCACUCGACAGCUGACAGAAGAUUCUGGUGUACUACAAUCAACUUUAGUGAGGUAAGGAUUGCUUCGUUUCAGAUUAUAUAAAACACGGGCGUUGUCCUGCAACCAUUUUUCCCCCAACCGCAAUUAAACACACCUGAUUCAGCUAAUCAAGCCCUCAACAGCAUACUGGAAACUUCUAGUCCGGUGUAUUGCAAGUUGAGCUAUACUCUGCAGGACAGUGAUCUUCUAGGACUGAGUUAAGACACCCCUGUUUCUGAACCUUGGAUUUGUGUGCUGUCUUUAGCCCAUUAAGUUGAAUGUUCUUAUUCUAUUCUUAUUUAUUAUCACUUCUAUUAUAUUGCUGAACAUUUUGCAUCCUGAAAAUUCAGUACUUAUAAGUGGCUUUUUUUUUAAAGGCUAGAAACAAUGCAGAGAAGCAUUGAAUGGGCGAGAGGAAGGCUGAUCACUGCACCAGAAGCAGACGAGUUACUCCAGGAUCUCAAUGAAUAUAUAGCAGAGGUACAAGAGCAUAGGCAGCAUGGACAACAAGCCAGUUCCAGUUAUCAGGCUCCACUUACCUGUAGUGGUGAUCGAGGUGCACCCCAUUAAAGCAUCACCAGAGAGCAACUUUCCUUUCUGAGGACGUGUGGUUUUAGUCUUCCUUCAAUAGCAGAGAUUCUGCAAGUGUCUCUGGCUACCAUCAAACGCCGCAUGAAGAGGUUCCAUUUGAAUCGCUCUCUGACGUAUUCUGAAAUAACCGAUGUAGACCUCGAUGCAAUGAUCACAGACAUUGUGGAUGGAAAUGACCAGCUGGGAUCGGAGGCUGUCAGGGCACAGUUACGGGCAGGUGGAAUUCGUGUACAAAGACACAGAGUACGCAGGAGCUUGGUUCGAAUUAACCCAAGGGCAGCAGCACUACGGGCCAUGUCACAAAGACCACACAGAAGGUUGUACAGUGUUGCUGGUCCAAACUCCCUGUGGCACCUAGAUGGCAACCACAAAUUGAUAAGAUGGAGAAUUGUCAUUCACGGUGGUAUAGAUGGCUACAGUCGUCUCAUAGUCUUUCUCCGUGCCUCAAACAACAACCGCAGCAGCACUGUAAUGAGUUACUUUUUGAAUGCUGUGGCCAGGUACGGAGUGCCUUCUAGGGUCAGAACAGACCAUGGAGGAGAAAACCAAGAUGUCUGUGUGAUGAUGAACAUUUUCAGGGGCUCAGAGAGAGGCAGCGCAAUAAGAGGCAGGAGCGUUCACAACCAAAGAAUUGAGAGGCUCUGGGGUGACAUGUGGCGGGGAUUGACUAAUGUAUAUUACAAUCUCUUCCACUUCCUGGAGGCUGAAAGUAUCUUGGACAUAGACAAUGAAAUGCACAUAUGGGCUCUUCACUUUGUCUAUGUGCCGAGGAUCAACAGGCGUUUAUCAGCCUUUACUCAACAGUGGAACAACCAUGGGCUGAGAACAGAACAACACCAGACACCCAUGCAGAUAUUUGUUCGAGGCUGCCUGGAACAACAAGGACAGCGAACCACUGCAAUGGAAGAGAUCUUUGGCAGAACAGCUGGGCCAGCAAAUGAACCUGUUCUUCAGGCACCGGCAGCAGAAUCAAGUUUGCAGGAGGCACCAGUGUUUGACUGGCCAGAGGGAGUAGCUGUUCCUCAAAGUGACUUCACAUUGGAGAGUGCUGCCUUAGAGCAACUUGUUGCACAAAUUAAUCCACUUGGUGGUUCAAGGGGACAACUCGGAGUGGAUGUCCUUCGAAAUGUUUUGUCUCUUUUGACAUCUCUGAAUCCCCAACAUUAAAGAAAAAUAAAUGGUUAUUUCUGUAAUCGCAGAUUAUGGUCACCACUGACUAAUUAUAUGGACACUGAAUUUUUGGUAAGCCAACCACUGAAGUUUGUUGUGGGUGUGGAUAGAUCCACUUGAAGUUAUAUUUUGAGUAGCUGUUACAAUAUAUAAGUAUGGUUAAAGGGUUAGCUCACCCAAAAAUGAAAUUUGUCACUAGUUACUCACCCUCAUGUUGCUCCAAACCUGUAAGACCUUUGUUUGUCCUCAGAACACAAAUUAAGACAUUUUUGGUAAAAUCCAAGGAUGAUCCACAUAAGCAGCAAUGGUACUGCAUCUUUUGAGGUCCAGAAGGGUAUUAAAAGACAUUGAUAGUGUUUCAACAUUAAUAUUAUAAAGUGACGUGAAUAGUUUUGGUGCGCAAAAACAAAACAACUUUUUCAACUAUCUAGUGAAGGACGAUCUCUGAACAAUAAUUCACGAAGCUUAGAUUCUUUAUGAAUCUUGUUUCGAAUUCUUGUUUUUACUCUCAUGUUUCAUCUAAAAUGUCUAUCAUUUGUGUUCUGAGGCCUAAUGAAAGUCUUACAGGUUUGGUACAUUAUGAGGGUGAGUAAUUAAUGACAGAAAUUUCAUUUUUGGGUAAACUUACCCUUUAAGAUUGUGUGAAAUUUUAAAAUAAACAUCACAAAUAGCACGGUCACCAUUUGGAACUUGAAAAUAAAAGUUUCUAUUUCCCA